GCAGCUCAUCAUCAUCACCAGCAUCCACCAGGAUAAGGACUCCAGGCAUCAUGAAGUUCCACCUCUAAAAUUUGUCAUGAUACUCAAGAGUGUGAUUACUGAGAAGAAAUGUGGAAAUCUGCUCCCGUCUCCUGCUGUGCCAGCGAGACACUUUGAUUGGACUUCUCUCGUAAACCGAUGCCAUGGAUGAUUGAUUUUUAAAGUGCUCUUCUCUUGAGGGUGCUGAUUUUUCCAGAACUGUUUCCAAAAUGUGUGAACGUGGAGAACCCUUCGGCGGAGGCGAGCUAAGGAAUAACAACCAGCAGGACGCUGUGCUGUCUGAUGGCGACGCCAAUGCUAAUGAGAUCCGGACCGAAGAUUGCGGGAGGAUGGGCGACACCGUCACUCUGUCGGGGCAGACGACCAAAACAGCAGAGCAAGACAAAGUCAUCAUCUGGGGCACGGACUCCCAGUGUGACGAUCCAGAACUGGCGGAGUUUGAGAUGCUGGAGUGUCAGGAGUUGGAGGCGUACCUGGCCGAGGACGGCGAGGACUUUGUCGGGCUUGCAGACCACAAGGAAUUAAAGAGUGGGGAGGAGAGGACGUCCCUCCUUCACUGUGCCGGUGAGCAGGUAUCCAGUGGUGUUCAGGUUUUUGAGGGCAAAGAGGCAUCCAGGACUGAGUUAAGCUCUGAAACAGAUGCCUACGUGUCCUGUCUGUCCACCAUUUCCAGCAUGACCACCGCUGUAGACCCUGUUGUUAGGUCCCAGACGACAGACUCUUGGCACAUCGUCUCUGGUCCUUACUCGACCGCCUCUGAGGACCUGACUCUGGCUUCUCCAACUUGCAAGGCAGACAACCCUUGUCUCUCCUCAACACAAAGCACAAUGCACAAAACGGAUAUUAAUUUGAAUUCAACACUUGAUUUAGACGACGUGGUAUUGCCGGAACAAGUGGGUAGUGGAGCUGUUCCGUGUAAGGACGUCUUUGAUGAGCACAGGAAGCACAAUAAUAACCAGAGACAUAAGGCAGACAGUUCCAUCUCAGAGGGAGAGCGUGAUCAAAGCACAAGUCCGCACAAGACUUUACCUUCUACCAAAGCAUCCCAGGAGGAAAGCAACACCAAAAUGGAUAAAAGCACACAAGCUGACGAAGCCCCUGAUGUGAAUAUCAGUCCGUCCAAAAUGAGUACAAAAGAGACUCAGUCGUCAAUUCAAUCCAAAGCCAUAAGGAAACAAGGAUCUUUUGACAACACGCUCAAAAAACAAAACUCCUUUGACCGGUCUUCUAAAAAGCAGCCAUCGUUUGAGAAUACUUUCAAGAAGCAGCUCUCCUUUGAUAACUCCAUAAAAAAGCAGGGCUCUUUUGAGAACACGGUUGCCUCCAGCUCAGCAAGUCUGGAACGGAGGAAGCCAUGGGGAAGCCCCAGUCGAUCGGCAACUCCUCCUCCCUCCAAAGCUACCUCCUGUUCACCUAAGAGACGACCGUCUGGUUCUCCAGCGAAGGUCCAGGGCAUUAGGGCCCUGAGCCUGGAGCGAAGUGACUCUCCACAGAGAGGUUUCAGUCAAACAGUUAAACCACCGGGUAAGAUGAUGUUGAGCAGUGGCAUCCCCAAACCGGUCAUGGCUCAGCACAAAGAACCUGAACCCAGCAGGUCUUCUUCUCCGCAGAAGGCGAAAAACAUUAGACCGAAAAUCAUCACCUAUGUUCGUGCGAAUCAAGCCAAACCGCAGGUCACAGAUUCCCCACAUGAAGCUGCCGCAUCCCAACUUAGACUGUCGUCUUACUCCAGCCCACCAGCUCAUAAAGAUCCAAAGGUUCCUCCCCAACCGAAAUCAACACCGGUACUGUGUUCCUCCAACCUGCUGUUUGACAAAUAUCGACAGGAGAUGCAGAAGACGGGGUACUUUCCUCCAGGCAUGACUACGUCUGGAGUGAAGCCUCCAAGCACUCGAGGUUUGACUGGGAAGUCGGGCAACUUUCAUGAGGAGGGGCCAGAGAAAUAUUCUCAAGAGCAUGUUUCCCAAGACGGAACUAAUGUCUACCGCUCACCCAGAACUCUGAGGCCUCAGCUGGGGUUAGGGGCCGUCUCCAGGCAGCCUCCAGCAAAGACCAGAGUCCAGCAAGCAGGUCAGAAGUCAACCCUGGCUCCAAGCUCAUCUGCUCAGGCUGCCGCUGUCUCCACCCAGGACUCUGCAGGAGAGCAAAAGAGGUCCGGCCCAGAAACUAUGCCCAAGAGUUUUCCGCUCAAACCAGGUCAGUCCGGUCUUCGUCCGCCGGGCUUCUCCGCUCUGCCAGUCGCGCGCUUGGCCGCCUUCGGCUUCGUCCACAGCUCCAGCAUCUCAUCUGUGUCGAGCCACCAGUCGAAUGACAGCGGCCACAGCGAUUCCUCUCGACCCUCUCAGCAUCAGAGCAGUGGCAGCGAUGAAGCACCUGCACACAGAGCGGCGGCUGCUGAAGCUUCUCAUGGUCACAGCAGGACUCAACCUCCAAACGCCCCCAGUCUGCAGCGCCGCACUCUGCCCCCACAACGCUGCUCUCCUGUGGCGUCGAGAAGAGAGAUACUGAAAGAUGCAGAGGCGGCGACUACACCAAAAUCAUCCUCCCCUAAAAGAUUUGCGGUGGUUUCACCCAAACCUCAUUCUCCAGGCAGCCGUGUUGUUGUCAUAGCAACAGCCCCACAGUAGCUGUUAACCGGUGGAAAUCCUGCUGGGUCAGAUUACAACAGCAGCAGCAGCAGACGAGUCAUCAUUUUGUCCUUUUGACAGACAGACACUCAGACGUGGACGUGACUGCAGAUCAGUGUGAGCAGUGAAGACAAAGACAAACCUUCAUGGUCCACAUACAAGAUGAUUAGUCGUAAAUAUAUAAAUAGAAUUGUAGAGAUGGCUCAUUAUCACUUUUCUUGUAUCUGUUAUUUUACACAUUUUAAACUACAAAGCUGUUAAAAAAACACAUUUGUGCUCAUGCUUUUUACCUCCUACAGCCAUUUUAAAUAAAAUAAC